AUGGACCAAUUCUCAUUUUUCCCGUUCUUAUGGCUUAUGAUAGCCUUGAUUUCUCAAAAUCAUGCUGUGAACCAUGAAGAAUGGAUGAAGUGUUUUGAUGACCCGGACUAUGAUGAAUUGUUAAAUGUUGCCAGAAAUGGGCUGAACAAGACUUCAAAUCCAAAGACCAUUGUGAUCGUUGGGGCAGGAAUAAGUGGGCUCACUGCUGCCAAAUUGCUGAAAGAUGCAGGACAUCAGGUUCAGAUUCUGGAAGCCAGUGACCGUGUGGGGGGUCGGAUAAAGACCCACCGUGAGAAGGACUGGUAUUUGGAUGUGGGACCUAUGCGUCUGCCCAAGGCACAAAAAAUUAUUCGUGAAUAUCUUAAGAAAUUCAACCUCUCAUUAAACCCGUUUGUUCAGACUGAUAAGAAUGCCUGGUAUUUGGUUAGAAAUAGAAAGGAAAGAGUGGGAGCUGUGAGUGAAAACGCUGGGCUUUUGGGAUAUCAAGUGGCUCCCAGUGAGAGGGGAAAGUCUGCCGAUCAACUCUACCGCGAAACACUGGAUAAGGUGACAAAAAACUGCACAGUUUUGAAGAACAAAUAUGAUUCAUACAACACCAUUGAAUACUUAACUAAAGAAGGAAAUCUGAGCAGCGGAGCAGUGGACAUGAUUGGCGACCUCUUGAAUGAAGAUGCUGGGUUCUAUACUUCAUUUCUCAACUCUGUUUUGGAAUAUGUGACCUUCUUUGAUGAUGACAGUUUUGAGGAAAUCACAGGUGGAUUUGACCAGCUCCCCAACAGCUUCUCCCAGGAAAUGCCUGGGACAAUCAGUUUAAACAGCAGAGUAGAGAAAAUCUUUCGCUUAGGCAAGAAAGUGAGGGUGUUUUACCACAAGCUGGGCAAAGGUGCCUUGUCGUAUCUGACCGCCGACUACGUCCUCGUCACCGCAACUGCUAAAGCCACACGACUCAUCAAGUUCCAGCCGCCUCUUUCCCAUUCAAAGGCUCAUGCUCUGCGCUCUUUUCAUUACGCAAGUUCUACCAAAAUUGGCUUGGCCUGCACAGACAAAUUUUGGGAGAAAGACGGCAUCCGAGGUGGGAAGUCGAUCACAGAUCACCCUUCCCGCAUAAUCUACUACCCAAACCAUAACUUCUCUAGCGGCCUUGGGGUACUCCUGGCAUCUUACACCUGGAAUGAUGACGCUGACUUUUUUGUUCCCCUCAGUGAGGAAAAGUGUGUUGACGUAGUAAUGGAUGACCUGUCAGAAAUCCACAAUGUGACCAAGGAUUACCUCAAAUCUGUUUGCAACAGGCAUGUGGUGCAGAAAUGGGCCCUAGAUAAGUUUUCCAUGGCAGCCUUUGCCUCUCCUACUCCAUACCAGUUUAGCAAAUUUUUCAAGACUUUGUUUCAGAAUGAAGGGAGAGUGUACUUCGCAGGAGAGCACACAGCCCACCCUCAUGCUUGGAUUGACACUGCAAUGAAAUCUGCUAUAAGGGCAGCAAGUAACAUUCAUCUCAAUGCCAGAUCUAUAUUGUAG